CACAGAGACUCAGGCAGGCACUUCUGCCUUCGUAGGCGGCCCAGGGGCGUUUUUGCACGUUGUUUUCUUUCCACGCGCAGUUCUUUGCCGCAGUCGUCGCUGCAGGAGGCGGGCGGGACGCUCUGGAGGGUCCCGCGCGGAGCCCCGCGCCGUGAGUAACUCUGCCGGGGGGAUUUGCCUCAGACUAAAGCCUCUGCAGAUCAAGGAUGUUGAUUCUCCUGGCUUUCAUUAUUGUGUUUCAUAUAACCUCAGCAGCACUGCUGUUCAUCUCAACUAUUGACAAUGCAUGGUGGGUAGGAGAUAAUUUUUAUACAGAUGUCUGGAGGAUGUGUUCCAUGAAUACUAGUACCUGUAUGGCUAUUACUGAUCAGUUCAGAGAGUAUCAAUCAAUUCAGGCUGUUCAGGCCACCAUGAUCCUAUCUACAAUUUUCUGUUGUGUGGCAUUUCUGGUUUUCAUUCUUCAACUCUUCCGUCUAAAGCAAGGAGAAAGAUUUGUGUUAACCUCUGUUAUCCAGCUCCUGUCAUGUCUGUGUGUUAUGAUUGCAGUUUCCAUUUAUACAGAUAGGCAUGAAGAACUGCACAAGAGCCAUGAAUACAGCAUUGAAGUUUCUGAAGGCCGAUAUGGCUAUUCCUUUGUCUUAGCCUGGAUUGCAUUUGCCUUUACUCUGAUCAGCGGUGUUAUGUACCUAAUAUUAAGGAAGCGUAAAUAAUUGUCAGCAGCUAGUUAUUUCUGUCACUACAGUACAAAACCAAAUUCCAGUAACCAUUUUGUAUAUAAUCAUUUACACGGUUUUGUAGUAAAAGUAUUGUUUCUCUAAAAAUGUACUGUGUUCUUGGUAUAAAACAGAAUUAAAAAAAAAUAAAGGCAGGUUUAAUGGAAUGCCUGGCACUGACAGGUCAGGAGCCUGAGCAGGACAGAGCCAAGUUGUUUCUUUUACAUAGGUCAUCAUCAUAAAUGGUUUUCCCUUUACUAGACAUUAACAGUUUGUUCCUGUCUUCUAGUAGAUAGCAAAUAAAGCCUAUGCAAAUUAAUUUGUAAGCAAUGUGCUAACUAUAUUUCAGGACCAGAUGUAUCCCUUUGGGAUGGGAUAAAUAUAGGGGGGUUAAAAAUAAGGCCCAUAUCACAAUGAAAAAGCAAACAAUUAUAAAAGCCCAAAGCUGCAUUCAGUGCGUCUGUUCUGGCAGAGGAGUGGUGUUCUACCAUUUAUAAUGUGCAGUAAGUGUUAUCAAGCUUUUGUUAAAACCACUUGCUUUGCAAAAGUAAACAACUCCUUUUCGUACUCCAGCAAAUUAUUUAAUUUAAGCAUACAGAGUCUUUGGUGGGAGAAUUUACCAGCAAAUUCAUGGCACAACUUGGGACCGUAAUAAUUUGAGCAGUAGGAAAGACCUCACUCAAGUCCUAUAUCUGUUUAUUUUUGUGCUGUGCAUUGUCCUUCUGGACGGAAGAAGAAGGGGGGAAAAGAGCAUUGCCUUUCCUAUAGCUACAAAUUUCUAAGCAAAUUAAUGAUCAAGCAAUGCCAAAUUUAGGUUUUUACAGCAAAAUGCAACAUGUUCAUUACACUGGGCUUUUAUAAUAUAGUGAUUUCAUAUCUAAUAUAUCAUUUACAGAAGCAUUCCUGGAGUUUGCCCAUUAGGAAAUUGGUCUUUAAAAAAUUAAUUCAAAAUUCCUUUGUGGAUUUUACUUGAACUAAACAUUCCGACUAAAUAAAUCAAAGUGCAAUUACUAUGCUUAUAAAUUCUAGGAUAGUUUUUAAAGAUAAAAUGACUUGGUGAUUUUUAUUUUUCAAUAAUGUAAGAUAAAUCUGUACUGUAAUACCAGGCUUAACUCCUCAGCAGUGUAAUAUUGGCUUCGGGUGAUGGUGAUUUGGGAGCUGGGAGAUCCAUGUGGAGAAUGAAGUGCCUUUUUCUGAUUAGUCACAGCUUUGAUGCUUAAAUAUAGAUUUGGCUUUCUAAGAGCACUAACCAUAUGUUUAUUUUAGUGUAUUAACUACAGCCAGGCCAAUAUACAGGCAAUAAAAAAGUAAGUAGGUUUUGAAUGAGGUUUUAUACUUAACAUAUAAUAAAUUUGUUAUUACAAAUUAGUGUAGCUUUACUAAAGUUGAUACUUACUGCAUUAUAAAUCAGCUCAUAGUCUGACCCAUUUCUUCAGAUAAUUCAUCCUUGAUGUCUCGAAAGGAAAAGGUGAGGUGCAUAACUGUAUAGGAACUGCCUCCAACAUGAUUAAUAGGUUGUAUAGUUUUAUCUCUAUUCCUUGAAUGUCCUAAAAUGCUUUGGCAUGUACAACUCAACUUAUGGGAGCAAAGAAAGCCCAGCAAGACUGUUAAGAAUUUAGACCAGUAAGCAGAACAACACAUUAACAAUAAUAAUAGUACAACCCCCAAAUCAGUUGGAGCAAAAUGCAUUCUCACCAGUCCAGCAGUAUGAUAGUAUUUGGUCAGUCAUUUUUCUCCUACUGGGAACGUUCUGUAUUUCAAGAAUUAUUACCUACUUUUAAAAAAAGCGUUUCUACAGUUUGCUGAAUACAUUUCAGAUUCAAAACUUGAUUUUUGCUUGUGAACAGAAUGUAUCUUAAAAGAGCAGCUGCAGGUUUAAAGUUGGAAGUGAAUAGACUGUUAGGUAGGCAUUUUUCUAGUUUUAUUCAAACACAAAAUAGUAAGGGAAAUUCUUAAGGAAAUAUGUUUUUAAAGUAUUUUAUAUCUAGAAGACAGUUCUGUAAAAUUGUAAGUUAGGCUGUUAUGCCACUGACUUGAAGAGAUGCUCCUUCAGUUUCUUACCUUGAUAAUAUUUAAAGAUUUAUAUAUAUGUGAACCACACAGCUAAAUUCCACAGUAAAAACUCCACCCCUUUAAUAUAAUCUGAAAAGCGCCCACACCACCGUGUACAAACCACAGCAUAUGCAUGAUGCUGCAUAAAGCAGAACAGAUGGGAAUGGUCUGCAUAUCAAAAAAACAAAUGCCAAAACAGUUUGAACUAGUGUUUUAACAGGACAAACAUAUUCUAGAAUAUACUUUCUACCGGAUAUGCCUUUAAAAUAUACCAUUUUCUAUGCUCUAUAUUUUCUGAAACUGUGCACAACAAUAAAGCUAAAACAAAUUCUGGUACCGUAGUAGCAAGCUUAAUACAUUUAGCAAUCCGACCUUGUCUUUAAGCUUGGGAUAAAUUUACACAAUGUUGAAUGAGAAAUAGUUGAGUACUUGUGUAAACAGGUAAAAUUAAAUUCUUCCUGCCUGUACUAGAACCACGGGCUAAUUAUUUUUGUCCCUUGUUGAAGAUCUUCCAGAGUAAGCAGAGAAAAUAUUAGUGUAUUGAAUAUUAAGUGUCUGGUGUCAAAAGAAUAGCCGAGUAAUGCAAGAUCCACAGUUACUAGUUACUUGUAAGGCUUUUUUUCAGCAUUUGCAGAAGUUUUUUUUUCUGAUGUGAUGCAAAAUUGUUACUAAGGUUUUCAUGGAACAGACCCAAGUGAUAACUGUGUAGGGAAACACAGUCUGGAUGAGUUUCUGUAAAAGUCCAUGCAGAGCAAUCCCCUUCAGAUUUUGGACAUAAGUUAUUUUUAGUUUCAGCAUUCUGAGGAGCAUCUCUGAAUUCUUCAGCAACUUCUGAACAAAAAGGGGUCCUUGGCAUGGAGGAAGAUAUGGAAAUUGCUUGACAGUCUAGGCACCAAGACAAAACCAGUUGUGAUUUAAACAAAGAGCAACAAUAACAAGUAAGACAGUUAAACUAUUUUUUAUUCAUAUUAACUUAGUGUCAUGUAAAUCUAUAAACUUCUGAAUUGUAACAGUCUAUAUAAUUUCUAGACUAAAGCAAGUGUCAGAGAUUAUCUGAUGUUCACACAUUAAUAUUCAGCACACUGCUGAUGUUCAUUUUCUAUCUAUCCAGUAAAAUUUUCCCCAAAGUGAAAAAUACUGUUUACUCAUUACUAAUAACAACUUUGAACAGCAAAUUGUGUGCUAUCAACAGGAGUGCUGAAGAGGUUAUCGUUAUAUCUAGAGGGAUAUUUACUUCCUUUGGUUCAUUACUGCACUAACUGAAUUUCUAGAUUGGGCGGUUGUGUUCUUUUCUUCUUACUCCCCCGCCCCUUAAUACAUUUAGCCAAAAAGCCACAAACUUUUACUUAAAGCAAACUUAAACUUAUAUUAUAAGGCAUGUACUUUGUUUUGGAACAGGUGUACAGUGCACAGAUGAAUAAAAUUGCAGGUACCUUCAUGAAAUUCAACUGUUACAAUAAAUUUCAACAGAUAUGAAACAAUCCCGAUAAUAUCCAAACUACAUCAUGCAGUGUGGGUUUUGGUCUAUUUUACUGCUGCUUCUUGGAGAAAAAAAGUUCAUGUUCUAUUUCUUUAAAAAAAAAAAAUGAAAACUGCAUUUGUAAAAAAGGCAGCUGUAAAAAAAGUGUUAUUGUCAGAAAUAUUAAAGUUAAGAAAACUUCAUUUAAACCACAUACACACACAUUGCUAGAAAGGAGAGGGUAGGAAUGUAACACGUGUACAGCUUCACAGACUCAACCUUCUUUAUAUGUUACAAGCAAGAAGUAAAGAGGUGCCAUAUUCUCUUGAGAAGGUUUUUUUUUAAUAUUGCUUUAAGCAUUUUCAUUUACUUUUUAGUAAAAUACUUUAAGCAUAAGUAAGAUUUUUCUGCUGAAAAUAUCUGUAUUGAACUAAAACUGUUCUGGAACCUAAAAUCUCAUAGUGUAAAACUUUAAAUCCUGUCAGCAAAUAAUGUUUUCACACAUUUUAGGCAUGACAAAUUUGGAGGAGGAGGGCGGGAAAGGAAGGAUAAAGACAAAGUAAAGGAAAAAGAAGAUAAGGGGGGAAGGAAGACUGGAAGAAAGUUUUGGAGUUACGGUUUUCUGUGUGUUUGUUUCUAAUGUCAGUAUGUCCUGGCAUUUACUUAUUUGCUUACUUCUAAAAAAAAAAGGUUGCUGUUCCAAUACCUUUACAAUCGAGCCUCCUCGUGGUAAAAGAGAAGCCUGCUCCUUCAAAGCCCAACUGUUUAAACACUGGUCCUUUCCCAUUUGAAAAGGUCUUUAAAAAGUCUAACUUUACAUAAAAUUCUAAACCAUCCUGCUCAGAAUGCUCACUUUAUUACAAUAUUAUUUAUAGAACGGAGUCAAGCAUGGUAAAAAAAUGAAGUGUUUCUACCAUUUAAAAUAUAUAUUAAAUGUCAAUAAUUUACAUUCAAAAAAAUUAAAUUAACCCUUUCCUCUUUCUAUGUUAUUCCCUGAAAAGAGUGUUGUAAUAAUAAAACAGUCGGUUGGAUGUAUAAAAGUUUAUCUCAGUGCACAUCGUACUAGACUUUUAAUUGUUUUAAUUUAAACAUUUUUAAACUUAUGUUAAGUCUAUGGAUAGACAUCUUGAUAAAGCAUGCUAAUGUAUCAAUUUAAAAAACACAUACAAAAAUCUAGUACAUCUGCAUGCAUUU